AUGGAGCCUUCACACCAAGCCAAGAUUAUCCACUCUACGGCAACAAAUCUGCCCUUUAUCCUCUCAUCUAGCACUGGCAAGUUGGAACCCGCCGUCAGAAAAACUAUUAGGAGCCAUGCGAGGCGAGGCAUGAAGCAUAAAAGAAAUGCAAUUCAAGUGAAGCAAUCAAAUCAAACCAGCCGUAUUGAUAUGGAAAAGGUGCAUAAGAUGCCUUUCCAAAUCAUUUUCGACAACAAUAUCACACGCACUGGGCAAAUACCUUACCGAGUGGGCGGAGAUCUCUCAUUCCUCCAAUUUACCGACGAUACUAAAUUAGAGAUGCUUCUCAACUCUGUCAAAGUCUCGGCGACGGCAAUGAAAGUCAUUCAUCCUCUUGUGACUGCUAUAGCGUACGGAGCAGACCCAGGGAGCAGGUUGGCAUUGGUGCAAGGCGACGAUGCCGGCCUGCAUUUAACCGCAGCACUCAUGGAUGACUUUGUCCAUAUAGCCCUAAGACCCGGCGCUGGUAGUACUCCCAUGGCCAUACUGCAUUUUCAACGAGGCAUCAGACUUCCUUGCUACCGGCUUGUGGGCGAGGCCAAAGUUACCAAUUCAACCAUUGCAGCAGUUACGAAAUUGGCAAGCGCUGCACAUUUCAGUGGAGAUUUUACGGCCUCCAGACAGUAUAUGGAAGGCAUUCGAAAAACGGUUGACUUGAGGGGAGGUCUCAAGUCCUUGGAAAACUCCCAUUUAUGCGAUUUAGGGAUCGCAUUACUGAGUGACUCACGUCCAGUCUUUUUCCAAUACCCAUCGGAUCAUUUGUAUUCCUACCCAGUGGAACUAUUACUUUCGCCGGAUGAGGGCCAAUACUCCAUGGGACAUGCCCAGUUGUUCGAGAACCUGGACCAACAUCUAUUGACAGUUUGGAAGGUUCUCAAGAGAUUCUGUAUGCUGGUAAACCUCGCAUACCAAACACAGCAGUUGAUGAGAAUCGAGAUAAUUCAUCAAACCGUGACCUCGACAAUGUAUCGACUAUUCGCGUUCAGAUUUCCAUCCAAUUCACUGGAUGAAUCGGUGAGACUUGCCUUGCUAGCGUUCACUCAUAAUGUCUUCAUACAGUGGCUAGAUAUUACGAUUCCCAAUAAGCCGUUCACCACCAAGUAUCAGAGCCAUGUAGAUGGCCUGGAUCUCUCCCCUCCUGCCAUGAUCUGGAUCUACAUGAUUGGGGUAGUAUCCAUCAGCGACCCAGCGCGUGGGGGAUGGGGGAACAGAGGCUUGUAUAAGUAUUGUAUCAGAUGUGGUGUUAAGAAAUGGAAAGGUUUACAAUUUAUUUUGAGCUCACUUUUAUGGAUUCCGCUUCUGGAUGAUAUACCAGGUGAGCGAGUUUUUAUUUUUUUCUGCCUGGAAUGGAUUACUUAA